GUCAAAUUAUGAUUCUAACUUACAUACAUUUGACAUUGAAAUUUCUUGCGCGAUACAAGAUUUGGUUCGAGUCCUCCAAUUUUGUCGAGUUUGAUUCCUUAGGAGUUACAGAACUUUAAAACAAACAUGUUGGGCGUUAUGAAAAUACUCAUCGACACUCCCCCUUCCCCACCAAAUUUGGUCUCUACAAUAAUUGAGAAAAAUGUUGAAUCUCUUGAUCAAGAUUCCAAGGUGGACUCAAGCAUAGAUUCACAGGUAGGAGAUGAUGAGGACAGUGCACUCGAAGCUAUUAAGAAAGAUGACAAGGAGUCUAAAGUCAUGGAAAAAGAUGAUAGUGCUACUGUUGCAGAUGUUGUUAAUGUCUACACACUUAAUCCCACAUCAAGUGAAUUUUUUGUGCCAAUAAAUGUCUCAGUGAGUGUGGUCAUUGCAAAGUUUAAUGUUCUCAAUAUUAUUGACAAUGUGGUAGAUACAGAUAAUAAGCAAGUGGACAACCACAUUUCAUUUGACAUCAUUAAGUUGUGUGCCAUUGCCGAUGUGGUCAAGAUGCAGCACCUAGUUUCACUGAGCAAACCUACAUGUAGUAUUGGCUCUAUCUCACAGGCCCCUCAGUUUACUCCAAGUUCCAAUAUGGUUGAAGAUUCAAGGAAUGGACCGCUCUUUUGGUUUAGCAUUAUCUCUCCAGUUCAGAAGCACGAGUGGGAGCCUCCACCUUUAGCACAACCAACAUAUGAACCUAUAGGAACUCUAGGAUUUGACCUGGAAGGAAUAGAGUUUCGUCACCCCCGCGUCGCCGACCGCCGUCACCCGCUCUCUUCUCCGCCGUCUAGCAAGCCGACGCUCAGCCUCCCCUCCAAUUUCUAGAUGCAGAAUAUGGAUCGUACUUGGAUGUAUGAAAGACUUUAUCCAGGGAGAAAAGGGUUGA